GGCUGCACGCGGGGCAGCGGGGCGGCGCGCGCCGGCAGAAGAUGGCGGACCCGCAGUGCACCACCCGCAGAAUGGCGGCCUCCGCCAUGGCGCCGCUCCGCCUCCCCCGCCGCCCCUCUAUGGUACGGCCGAGCGUCGCUCUAGCCUGCCCAGCCCCGCCGCGCCUCGGUGGUGUGGUGCGCCGCUGAAUAGCGUCCGGGAGGGGGGCGGUGCCGCGGCCUCUUGGCUCCGCCCUUCCUUCGCCUUUCCGGCCCGGCGGAGCGGAGCGGGGCAGGAUGAGCACGAAGCAGGUGACGUGCAGGUACUACGUGCAGGGAGUGUGCCGCGAGGGGAGCAAGUGCCUGUUCUCGCACGAUCUCUCCAGCAGCAAGUCCUCCACCAUCUGCAAGUACUACCAGAAGGGGCAGUGCGCCUAUGGAGCCCGCUGCAGGUACGAUCACACCCGGCUCCCUCCGCCGGGGGGAGCAGCAGCCGCUGCCCCCCCUGCCCCACUGGCAGCACCGCAGGGCCCCCGGCAUCCGCCUGAGCCCAGCACCCCGGUCACCAGGAGCAAACGGCACGAGGCUGGCAAGAGGGAGAAGAAGACACUGGUGCUGAGGGACAGAAAUCUGUGUGGCUUGACGGAAGAGAAGCACAAACCCAGUGCCACAGGAGAUGUGGUGUGCUGCAGUGACCAAAAUGAUAAUGUGGAAGUGAAGCCCCAUUCCUACCUGGAAGCUAUUUGCAGCGGGCUGGAGGAGCCGGUGGCUGGAGGCUCCUGUGCUGAUGCAGAGCAGUUGUGUCCCUAUGCUGCAGCGGGUGCCUGCCACUUCGGAGAGCGCUGCCUCUACAUUCAUGGGGACGUGUGUGAGAUAUGUGGGCUGCAAGUCCUCCACCCCUUCAACCAGGAGCAGAGGAAGGCUCACGAUAUGAUGUGCAUGGCGACAUUUGAGCAUGACAUGGAGAAGGCCUUUGCCUUUCAGGCAAGUCAGGACAAAGUGUGCAGUAUCUGCAUGGAAGUGGUGUAUGAGAAGCCAUCAGCCUCUGAGAGGAGGUUUGGGAUCCUCUCAAACUGCAACCACACAUACUGCUUGUCCUGCAUUCGGCAGUGGAGGUGUGCCAAGCAGUUCGAGAAUCCCGUCAUAAAGUCUUGCCCCGAGUGCCGUGUGAUCUCUGAGUUUGUCAUUCCCAGCACAUACUGGGUAGAAGACCAGGAGAAGAAAAAUGAGCUGAUUGAAGCAUUUAAGCAGGGAGUGGGGAAAAAGCCCUGCAAGUACUUUGAGCAAGGGAAGGGAACGUGCCCGUUCGGAGGGAAGUGUCUUUACCUUCACGCUUACCCGGAUGGGACCCGAGCCGAGCCUGAAAAGCCAAGGAAGCAGUUGAGCUCCGAGGGCACUGUGCGGUUCUUCAAUUCUGUUCGCCUGUGGGACUUCAUUGAAGACAGAGAGAGCAGGAGUGUGCCCAGCACCGACACAGAUGUCGCUGAACUGGGAGAACUGUUCAUGCACCUCUCGGGGGGCGAUGAGGACUCUUCUACUUCACAAUAAAGAGGAUGGCAGGUGCUUCUGCCUAUAGCAAUCCAGCUAUUUAUUUAGUGCUGCUUUGACUUUAUACAGCACAGUUAGGAGGAGUGUGCCCUGGGGUGGAUUUGUGCAGUCCUGGUGAGGUUUGCAGGUUGGUUUUGUGUGGCAACAGAAAUACCAAAAUAUAUUUAAAAAAGAUGAAUUGGUUGCAUGGGAAACAGAAUCCCUUAAACCCAAGAGGGUUUUCUCCCUCUUUGGCCUAAGAGAUGCUACCCUGGGAGCUGAGUGGCAGUGAAAAUAGAGCUCCUCCCUUACCUUUUAAAGCUUAAGCUGUUAAAAACUGUUGCUAAAUCAAUUUAGGGUUUAACUUGUGUUGGUUUUGGUUUUCACACUAAACCAACUGCGUAGGUACAAAAUCCCACUGGAAAUAAUGGUCAGCAAAGCUUUUUCUUCCUUAAAAAGAAGAUUUAAGAACUAACACAUACCUCAAAGUAGUACCCAGAGUUCAGAGUAAAGUCAGAGCAGUGCCAGAGUCACAACAGAUGGUGACAUUGAGCCUGCAGCACAACCUGGAUUCUGGAAGCUCUGAUGAGAGGAAGGAGUUAGGAGCAGCAACAGUGGCAACAGCAAUAGUGACACUGCUGUUCAGUUUAACUACUUCAGAUGUCUUUAACUGGGAACCCUUGAUUCCCUUCACUGAAGUAGCCUGAGUUAAGUAACUACAUUUUCAGUGAUCCUAUAGAUACAAGUAUACAGUGUAAGCUAUUUCAAUUAGGAGCAGGUAGUUUUAACUCCCUGCUUUCUUAACUGUGUGGUUGACACCCAGUUAGGAUUCCCCAUCCCCACCUGUCUCUAGCACAGGGUAGGGAUGCUGUGAAGCUCCAGGACAGUCCCACUUCCACACAGGUCCUGUCCAAACCCACGGACACUGUCAGUAAAGCCCCAUCAGAAGUUCAGGCAUUGCCCUCAAGGGAUGUGCCAAGGCUGAGUUAAGGGCAGUGGUGUGAGGGAUCAGGGCACAUCUCUUCUGAGUUAUGGAGCUGCUGCUGAAUCCCAUUUUUGUUCAGAAUUGUAUUGCAAAGGCUUUGAGCAGAAGCAGUUUGAUGGUGAAAUUUGAUAUAGGAAGUUAAUGCUGUGAAGCCAUUUGUACUAACUUGGCAGUUCAGCUGAAAUGGCUCCUGAGCAAUACAGCAGGAAACCAGCGGGGUGCAAGCAGCGACCUCUUAAGCCCCUGUAGCAGAUGGUCUUAAAAUCAGCAGAGGCCCAGUGUGGACAAAACUCACACCCUUGAAGGCCUGCUGUUGGCUUAAAGACUCGCGCAUUGCUGACAGGUCAGUUGCUAAGACAACAGAAGUUAUCUGUACUGUGAAGCAGUGUAUUCAGAGACACUUGGGCAAAAGCCUCACAUCAGCAUUGCUAGUGGGGCACUGCUCAGACGGCUGAAAAUGGGGAUCUAUGUCCCUGUCACAAAGCAAACAGCAGAACCUUCAGCUGGAGUUCAGACAUUUUAAAUGGCACCAAAUUAAUGACUCUAGCAUUACCAGUUUCCUCCAUGGGUUGGCAUUUCUGGGUCAGAGCUGAGGAGCCUCCUGCAUUUCCCUGAGGGGUCCAGCAGAAGAGGGAGAACUCAUCCCAUCUCUGCUGCCAACAGCUCCCUCCCCGUGACCACACACAGGUUGCUCUGGUUCUGACCCAGGAAAUGGAACUUUUCCACAGUUAUUUCCCCCCUGAGGUUAAUUUUUCACAGUGCUUAUUGCAGAGUCAGGCCUCAGGUUUGCAGUCUGUGACUGCUUACUGAUCAGUGCUCAUAAAGGUACAGAGAGGCAUGUGAGUGGUGUUCUUCAUCACCAAUCACAAAGGUGAGGAAAAGAAAAUAAAAUACACCCCGAAGAAGUCAAUGGAGGGGAUGUGCUUUACCUUAAAUGAGACAUUCCUGGUUUCCCGUGCCUCACGAAGACAUGAACCAGGUAGCAGCAGUCUGAGAUUAAAAAGACAACUUGUUUUUCAAAGCUACACAGGAACAACAUAAAAGUUUUAAUUGAACAUAAUCUGUAUUAAAAAUAGGGAUUAAUCAUUUCUUUUCGACCUAAAGUAGCAGCAGCUGUAUGUGAUUUAUUCUUGUUCUUCAACUACUCUAUAUUAUAAUGAAGGUAAUAUGAGAGAUAAAUAAUAUUUAGAGAGGUGUGCACAGAGAAAGCCACAGAUUCCCAAGCUUCCAUGUCAGGAAUGGACGCUUGGCUUCCAUUCUUUCCCUAGUAAACAUAUUUAAACAGAACGCUAUAGAGUUUCUUAGAUUAACCCACCCCAUUUUUUGUCAGCUGUGGAGUUCAGCCAUGACAGAACACUCACUUGGACCUAAGCAAACAGGAAGGCCACAGAAGAUGAAACACAGCGAAACUGGUGCCGUGCAACAGCUUCAUCAUCCAGCAGUGCAGUACCUGAACCAGUUGAUGCUGUUGAGAAGCUGUUGCUGUAAAAACCAUCCUGCAAUGGAAGUGACUGCAAACCUGGGGGUGGCCGUCUCAAAUGUUUUUACUUAAACUGCUUUUAAAACAAUCAUUCUGAAUGUCAUUUUCUGAGUUGUUCCAAUCUAGCUGUACAUGUCAGAGCAAUGGAUUACUGCAUUAAAGGAUGACACUGAAUCUUCAA